UAUGUAAAAAAUGGCUUUAAGUUUCUCUUUACUAUUCCUAAUGGUCCUUUCCCCCGCACUCAUAAGUUCCAGUAAUACAAAGGAUUCCUGGAUAAUUCCUCGUUCUAACUCUAUCUCACAAACAGACAGAGAUUAUUUUAACAUAAUACAAACAGAAGAUGGAGUAUCACAGUAUUUUAUUCUUAAAGAGAUUUUACAGCUGUCAUCAAAAUUGCCAAAUAUGAAGCCUACUUCCAGCGAGCUAAACAUCAAAUCAUCAAAUAAGCGAUCCAAAAAUCCUUUUGUGGCAAAACAAAACAAAAAGAAAAGAAAAUAAAUAAAUGAAAAAAACAUCAAAUAAAGAUUUUUUUAUCUAUUUCUGCAUUUAAUUCUGUAUUUCUAGAGUCAGUUUCUUAUCAUCAUGCUGCAAG